UCUUGACUUUCGUCUGAUAUGUUAACACGCAACACCUCCCACCUGCUGUCGACCUCAAUUAGCGAUGCUUCGCUGAGCUCUGUCGCAUCGCUUGAAGCAGCUAAAGACACUGCGCUGUUGACAACCGCUCCUUUCUCUCGCACACCUGCCCACGCAACGCCGACCCACGCUCCGCCUCGAAGCAGACAGGCUGCCUUCCAGAGCGCAUGCCCGUACUCAGCGUGUUACGUCGAUGCGUAGGGUGAUAUAAAAGCAAGAGGCUGCUAGGCAUCAUUCACGGUGGACCCAUGAUGGGUGAUUCAUCGCCAUCGCGAAAACCUCGCGAUAGGACCACAAAAGAACGAAGAAGUGCCGGGCUGCCUUGCCCAAGCUACGGGUUCGCGCCUGAGUCCGCUCCAUAGCAUACCCACAGCUCAGGCGGUGAUGCAAAGGGCACUGUGAGCGCCAAGUGAAACCAACAAAGGAGUGAGUAAUGAGUCUGUUGUUGACAUUUGAUGCCGAAGCGGCGAACAUCGAUUGAUGGCGAUGGGAUUGGUGAAGGAUGGCAGAUCAGCGAUUGCGGCUGAGCACAUAGAGAGGCUUGCAGCACAAAGGACCGAGCAUGCAGGCGCGGCACAGGAUGGCCGUGCGUGAUGCUCGCACGCGCCGGCAGGAGCAUUUCUUCUGAACAGCACCAACCAACCUGCAACGCGUGCGCGACCUUUCUUCAUGAAGCGGCCGAGCUAUGAUUUGCCUUGGCUUUACCAACACAUACCUUAGACUUUCGUGCUCACCAAACCCUCAUCCUCCUCGCGCCCGCCAUCAUUAUCCUGCCCGUCUCUUAGCUUCGUCUGGUGAUCAAGGGCCUCACGCGUACAGCACUCUUCAUCCUGCCUCUGGCUAGGCCAU